AUGGAUGGAGCUGUAGACUCAAAAAACCAAGCCAAUUCAAUUUUGAAUGAUAUUAUCAGUUCAAAAGACAAUUUUACCCUAUUAAUUGAAGCAUUUAAAGAUCAAACGUGCGAUUCGAGGAAAAAAUCUGCGAUAACAUUGCUUUUACACAGGUUUUUCAUUAAUGUAUCUACAGAAUUUACUCCAGAAGAAAUCGAUUUUAUAUUAAAUUUCUUUUUAAGCCUGUUUUUCGAGGAAAAUGAAGAUAAUCUUAAGUAUUAUACAGAAAUUAUCAAUAAUAUCGUAUUUAAUCAUAUGAAUUACAGACAAAAUAUCAUUGAUUCACUUCAAUCAGAGAAAUUAAGCGAUAUUUCAUUCGAAUACCUAUAUUCUUCUAUUGCCCAAUUUGUUACAUUAGACGAAUUCUCACUGUUUUACACAAAAUUAGUGCAAGAUUUGUCAAAUUCAAAAAUAAAUAAUAUUGCAUUCGAAAAUUUAUUCAAAUCAUCAUAUUUUCUCAAGAAAGCAGACAUUUUAGUAUCAUGUAAAGAUGAAAUCAAGUCCUCUUUCUACUCAAUUAUUCAAACAAAAAAUUCUUUGAUUUUGAGAACGACAUUUCAAUGGGUCUUAGAGUUUAGAGCCAUCGACAAUUAUCUACCAUCAUAUAUCCUAUCAAUUGAUUGCCUAAUUUCCACAUUUAAUCAUGAAAUUUACUCAGAUUCUUGCAAAGUUCUUGUUACCUUAACAAUUGAAGAAAUGUUACCAUAUAUCAUUGACAAACUAUCUACAGAUGAUUUAGAACUAAUUUACACAACAAUUACUGAAUUUCUUUGUCAAAAUUUUCAAGAAAAUCCCGAUCAACAUAUUGCAGAUGAUUUUAUCAUUCCAUUGAUAAAAGUAUUAAACAAAGAUCUCCUUUCCCAACUGAUUUUCCCAAUAAUUCAAGAAUUAAUUCAAAAUCAAGAUUUAUUAUAUCUUGGCUUAUGUUUUAUCAAGAAUACUAUUGAUAUUUCAGGACCUUUUGAUGAAGCAUUUGAUAUCAUUCUGAAAUCUAUUCAAAAUGAUGACCAAAUGAUCGCAUAUCAAGCAUUCGUAACUUUAGUAGCUGCAAAGGAUUAUUACCUUGAUGAGAUUAAUGAGAAUAUGGAGUUGAUCACGGAUACAAUCAUAAAAUGGCUGUCAAAUGCUCAAGAAAUUGUGACAUUUCAAAAUUUCAUUGUUCCUGUCAUAUUUAUCACUGAAUUCAAGUGCGAUCUUAGUUAUUUUGUAAGACAGAUACUGAACUUCUUCAUGAAUAUUAUUAAUUCCGCAAAAUUUGAUGAAAUUAUUUUGGAUUUGAUAUUUACAGUAAUUUCAUCAAUAAAUUGCAAUGUAAAACUAUAUCCUGAAGACAUAUAUCAGAUUCUUGUACAUUUUAUUAGUUUUAAUCUUGAAUUAUCAGCAGAAUCUUAUUUAUCAGCACUUUCUGAAUUCAUUAGAUCAUUUCCUGACUAUUAUGAUGCUUUGUUUGAAGAAUCUAUUAAGUUUUCUUUACAACACAAAGAUAUUCCUGCUUGUUUUUAUCUUUGGCGAAAUUUGUUGUCAAUUUUGCCUUCUAAUGAUGAAAGAAUGCAAGUAUUCACUCAAUUACAACAGGAAAUCGUAGAAACAAUUGAUAAUUUCAAGGAAAACCCUUUAAUUUUUGGAAAUUUAUUGUUUUUUUUAACAAUUUAUGCAAAAAAGCAGGAUUAUCCAGAAGAACUGAUAGACCUAAUUACGUCUAAUUUUAUUGUUGUUGUUAAAUCAGGUGAAUACCUUCCAAUUCGACUAAUUACUCAAAUUAAUAUGAAAUUAAAAAAGUAUUAUGCGAAAUAUCCAGAGAAAAUAGAAGAACAACACUUCUAUCAAGUAGUUGACUUCAUUAAUAAGCAAAUUGCUGAUAAAAACAAUAUAAAACUUGAAAUUUUAUCUCAAUAUCUAGGAUUACUUCAAGUUUUAGAAGAAGAAAUAGGUAUUGUAGUAUUAGGAGAUAAAGUGGAAUCAUUUGUUACAGUUCUUUCCGAUGCAGAUUUCGUUUUAAAGGAAGAAAUUAUUUCAAACGACGAAUUCUUAGAAUUUUUAUUCGGUUUCUUAUCAAAUGUCGACGAUGAUGCUAAUUCUCCAGAAAUUUCUCGGAUUUUGAUCGAUUUUUCUAUGAAUUUUAUUAAUUCUCCAGAUUCUGUUCUUUCCAAUGCUUUUUCAUUGUACAACUCAUUUAUAUACAAUAAGACCCUAUCAGAUGAUCAGAUUAAUAUGAUCUAUUCCAAAACUAUUGAAAUAUUAAAUUCAGAAUUUUCUGAUUCUUUGUCAGGAGGAUGUUAUUUCAUCCAGAAUAUGUGUGAAUUUUAUCCACAACUCAUAGAUUCCCCUUCAAAUCUUUAUAAUUUGCUAUUAAAUUUUGCAAAUUCAAUUCCUGAUGAUAGUAUCCAUUUUUCAGCGAGAGAUCGCAUUGUAAUGAACAUACUAACUCUCCUAUGCAAAAAUAUUCUCAAUGAUGUCGAUAUAAAUGAGAUAUAUUCCCAAAUUAAUCGAUUUUUGCCUCUUCACUCCGAAAUGGAUGUUAUUGAUAUAUGUACCCAACAUUUACUUAAUUUGUUUCCACAUCUUUCGAACCAAUUCCAAAUUCAACUUUUCCAGCAAUUAUUGUUCGUAUUUUCGAGUCCAAUUUUUACAAAAGUUAGUUUUGAUAGGAUGACCAUUUAUAAUGCGUAUCAAAUCUUCAAUUUACAAACAAGAAAUACAAUUGAGAAUUUAAUUCAGAAUUUUGGAACUAGUAUUGAGAUAUAUGAUAAUUAUUAUGAUUAUGUUAAAUAA